AUGGGUGACGGUCGCGGGGGUGCUGCGGCGGAUCUCGGGGCUCCGGCGGUGGCUUCUGACGUCAUCGCCCCUGCGUGUUGGCUGUGGCUGUUCGGAUCUGGUACCGACGAGGAUUUCUUUGACAAAUUGAUUGAUGAUGAUGACAUUGAUUUUUCUGGGUAUUCACAUAGUUCUGUAGCAAAAUUUGAGCUUGAUGUGCAUAGUUUGAGAACGGUAACUGAGUUUUUCUCUAUAGAAAACCCGUUAGAAACUUUGACAAAGGAGUUGGAUAGCUUAAACCGGUUAGAAACUUUGAGAGGAACUUUGAGAAAGGAGUUGGAUAAAGCAAACCCGCUAGAAACUUUGAGAAAGGAGUUGGAUAGCUUGUCUCCCCGGUCCCCUUCGCGUUGCAUCUACCGGGUUCCUGAUCGACUCCGACGUGUAAAGGAAGAGGCCUACACACCUCGUAAACGAGAAAAAAAAUUGCGGACUUGUUACGCAGACACCUUUGAUCUUGAAAGUGAUGAAUUUGUCAAAAUCAUUUUAGUGGAUGCCAUCUUCGUCAUUCAGUUCUUACGUAGGUACUCGGACAGUGAAUUGCAAAAAGAAAAUGAUUGCAUCUUUGGAAAACCAAGGAUGGUAGAGGAUGUACUGACUGACUUGCUGAUGCUUGAAAAUCAGCUGCCAUUCUUCAUUCUUGAGUACCUAUUCAAGAAAUUCUUCAUUCUUGGGGACAAUCCAGCUUCUGUUAGGAGUCUUUCCAUACAGUUUCUUCGUGAGCAGGGUGCUACAGCUUUCGGGAUAGAGUUAGAUGAUUCUCCCAGAGUAGAAGCGAAACAUAUUGUUGAUCUCUUUAGAGGGCUAUUGAUAGCUCCUAUGUCGAAAGAACCACCCAUGAUCAAAACAGAAAAAUCUGCAACAACACCUUGCAUUGAAAAGCUACACCUGGCAGAAGUCCAAUUUAAACCCGUCAAAACCACGAAAUUGUUUGACAUACGAUUUGAUGUAACCACGAAAUGGUUUGGCAUAGGAUUCCAUAAAGGGAUUCUGAAGAUUCCAAAAUUGCACACAGGGGAUACAACGGAGCUUGUACUUACAAAUUUAAUUGCCUUUGAACAAUGCAUUACUUCUGAAGAUUAUUGCAUAAGGGAUUAUGUUAGCAUCAUGGAUGAGUUGGUGGACGAUUCAAAAGAUGUGGGGUUGCUUGUCAAGUAUAAAAUUGUUGAAAAUGAUCUCGGUGGUGGCGAUCAGGAUUUGGCUACCUUGAUCAACAACCUUUCAACUGGGAUUGUGUAUAACAAAAACUACUUCUAUUAUGGUCAUCUUUGUGGAGAGCUGGACAAGUUCUACAGUUCGAAGUGGCACAAAUGGAUCGCAAAUUUGAGCAGCAGUUAUUUCAAUACCCCUUGGACAACUAUGUCUUUCGUGGCAGCAGUUGUUCUCCUCAUACUCACUGCCAUUCAAACUAUCUGCUCAAUUAUCUCUCUUAAGUGACCUUUCCUUCAUUCUGUCGAUCGACUCUGCUAUCCCAUCCUUUUCCAUCACUUUGGAGGUAAAAGAUCCUAGUUGAUUCGAAGAGUAUGUCCCAGGAGACCAGCUUUUCUUGGAGUGAAUGCAGAGUGUGCUUUGUUGUUUGAAGUGUGUACUUGUAGCUAGGGUGAUAUCCAGUAUUAUUGUUGAGUGAAGCUAGUAGAGUGCUUGUUUGGUUUGCUAGGUUGUUGAAAUGAAUUUGCUACUUUGGUAUAAUAAGAGAGGAGUUCCAUUAUUGGGAGGAGAGAAUUCUCAAGAUCUCCUCUCUUUGGCUCCUUUAAAUUUGAAACUUAUUAUAAUGGCCACUUGUGUUUGUGAUCUUCUUUUUCUUCAUAUUAAAACCUUG